CCCAAAAUUUAAAGAGAAAGGCGGGUAUAGACUAUAGACUGACACCUUUGCCCAGACUGAAACGAAAAAAGAAAGGGAAAUGGAAAUGGAAGAAGAAGAAGAAGAGCAAGUGGCGACGAAGCCUCCCAAAAUUCACCGCCUAGACGAGUCCGUCGUGAACCGAAUCGCCGCCGGUGUCCAACGCCCCGUCUCUGCCGUCAAGGAGCUCGUCGAGAACAGCCUCGACGCCCACUCCUCCUCCAUUAACGUCGUCGUCAAGGACGGCGGCCUCAAGCUCAUCCAAGUCUCCGACGACGGCCACGGAAUUUUAUAUGAGGACUUGCCGAUACUGUGCGAGCGGCAUACGACGUCGAAAUUGUCGUCGUUUGAAGACCUGCAGUCCAUAAAGUCGAUGGGGUUUCGAGGAGAAGCUCUUGCGAGCAUGACGUAUGUGGCUCAUGUGACGGUGACGACGAUCACCAAGGGGCAGUUGCAUGGUUAUAGGGUCUCUUAUAAAGAUGGAGUGAUGGAGCAUGAGCCGAAGGCGUGCGCUGCCGUAAAAGGAAGUCAGAUAAUGAUUGAGAACUUAUUCUAUGACAUGUCUGCCCGGAGAAAGAAUCUGCAAAACUCUGCUGAUGAUUAUUCAAAGAUUGUAGAUUUGUUAAGCCGGUUCUCCAUUCAUCACACAAGUGUUAGCUUCUCCUGCAGAAAGCAUGGAGCCGGUAGAGCAGAUGUUAGUUCUGUUGCCACAUUAUCAAGAAUUGAUGUGAUUCGUUCAGUUUAUGGGCUGUCAGUUGCCCGCAGUCUGAUUAAAGUAGAAGCUUUGGACAAUGAUCUGUCGAGCUCAGUUUUCCAGAUGGAUGGCUUUAUCUCCAAUUCUGAAUAUGUUGCGAAGAAGAUAACUAUGGUGCUUUUUAUAAACGAUAGAUUGGUGGAUUGCACUGCAUUGAAGAGAGCUCUGGAAAUUGUUUAUGCUGCUACAUUGCCGAAAGCAUCAAAACCCUUCAUAUACAUGUCAAUUGUAUUACCACCUGAACAUGUUGAUGUGAAUGUUCACCCGACAAAGAGGGAGGUGAGUCUUCUGAAUCAGGAAGUCAUCGUUGAGAAGAUACAGUCAGUGGUUGAAUCAAGAUUGAGAAGCUCCAAUGAGACACAGAUAUUUCAGGAGCAGACAGUUGAACCACCUUCAUCCAGCCAAAUCAUUUCUAGCAAGGAUUCAAAUCGAAAUCCUUUGGCAUCUGGAUCAAAAUCACAAAAGGUUCCAGUGAAUAAAAUGGUCAGAACAGAUUCAUCGGAUCCUGCUGGAAGGUUGCAUAUUUACUUGCACGCAGAGCCUCGUGGCCAUCUUGAAAAGAAUACUAGCUUGACUGCUGUUAGAUCGUCUGUUAGACAAAGAAGGAACCCAAAGGAAACGGCUGAUCUGAGUAGCAUUCAGGAGCUUAUUGCUGAAAUUGAUAGCAAUUGUCAUUCUGGUAUGCUAGACAUUGUGAGAAACUGCACAUACAUUGGAAUGGCAGAUGACGUCUUUGCAUUGCUUCAGCAUGACACACACCUCUAUCUUGCAAAUGUAGUAAGCUUGAGCAAAGAGCUCAUGUAUCAGCAAGUUCUACGUCGAUUUGCUCAUUUUAAUGCUAUACAAUUAAGUAACCCAGCCCCACUGAAGGAGUUGAUUGUGUUGGCACUGAAAGAGGGGGAUACAGAUCCAGAAUCCACUGAGAAUGAUGAACUAAAUGAGAAGAUUGCAGAAAUGAAUACCGAACUACUUAAGCAAAAGGCUGUUCUAGUAGAGGAGUACUUUUCCAUUCACAUAGAUAAAGAUGGAAAUUUGUCCAGGCUUCCGGUCAUACUUGACCAAUACACACCUGACAUGGAUCGUGUCCCAGAAUUUGUGCUUUGUUUGGGCAACGAUGUUGAUUGGGAAGAAGAGAAAAAAUGCUUCCAAGUAAUUUCAGCUGCACUUGGGAACUUUUACGCCAUGCAUCCUCCUAUGUUACCCAACCCAUCUGGUGAUGGUUUGCAAUUUUACCAAAAAAGGAAGUUGGUCAGGAAUAAUGAAGGAAGUCUCUCUUGCAAUACUGCUGCGGAUGAUAUGAUGAUGGAGGAUGAAAUUGAGCAUGAACUAGUUGCAGAGGCAGAGACUGCAUGGGCACAGCGCGAAUGGUCGAUCCAGCAUGUAUUGUUACCAUCAAUGAGGCUCUUUUUUAAGCCACCAAAUUCUAUGGCUACAAAUGGAACAUUUAUUCGAGUUGCUUCAUUUGAGAAGCUGUACAGGAUUUUUGAAAGAUGCUGAUGCAUUCAACCAUUUAAUGACCGGAGGCAUUCGGUUUACCUUCAAGUCAUUACAUUGUUCUUAUGGUCACUGUGACCGCUUUGUAAAAGGCAAAAGGUGGCAUGGCAUUUCAAUAUGCCAGUCACCAGUCAGCAGGGGCACUGACAGCCAGUGGAGUGGUUGAUCAAGAUGAACAUCAAAUAUUGGUUUUUUUUUUCCCCUCAUGUUCCUUUUUGUGAUCUCUGUUAAUU